AGUGACUACUGUCCAGAUAGAUGUCUGUUCCUUCCAAACUGAACGUCUGAUAGAGUGUGAGGAAGAAUAGAAGAGAGAGAGAGAGAGAAACUAGGAAAAAGAGUGUGAGGGAGAGAGGGAGAGAAAGAAAGAGAGCGAGCAAUCGAGUGAGAAGGAGAGAGAUGAAUUGUAAUUGUAAGUGGUAGUGGGCUACAGUAGCUCUCCCCUUAUCUGGGGCUGUCUGCCCUAUUGUGGGAACCCGCCCAAGCCGCCCAUCCUAGGAAACAAGAGCUUCCUGUUGUUUUAUAGAGCUUUCCUGCAGAAAGGUUGAGAUAUGUAAUCUGGGUCCACCAGGGAAGGGAAACAGAGCAGUGUCAGGCAGAAAUGAAAGCCCCUAAUCCGUCUCCCGUGUCUUCUUCUUCUGCUUGCUGCUUUCUGCCUCUUCUUCUCUGGGCACUGAGCUCUACAGCAGCUGGUCUGAUAGGACAUUACGAGGCGCCACAAGCUACCACACCAGGUUUCACAUCACGACAUGACUCAACAAGAACUGCAAACGACCAAAACCAUGGCGUUAGCAGCGAAGAUAGAGGAUUCUCCAGUGGAUUAGGUUGUGGGAAUAAGUAUGUUAACUGUGAACAAUACUGUGAAGUUUGUGAGUAUUUUCCCCCAAGGACGGAGUGCUACGUGACCUUAUUUGAGGAAACCUGCUACAGUAAUUUUGUAGGUGCCAUGGAGUCAUUAAACAACACAGACUGGUGCAACUGGAACAAUGUGAAGAGGAUGUAUAACACCUUCACCAUGUGCACAGAGGAGAUAGCAGAAUGUCUGCUGAUCCCCUGGCCCAACAGGAUGGUGGAGAAUGUGUUUGUAAACAUCCACUCCAGGUUCUUCCGGGACUGCCCCAACGAUGCACUGAGCGACCCCCCGCCCAGCAUCGUGUUUGCCUUGGUAAUGACCCCCAUCUGCCUCAUCCCCAUCAUGGUGGUCCUGGUGGUGCUCAAGACCAAGAACGGAGAUGGCAACUCCUGAUAGGACGUCCUGGAUCAGUCCUCAUCCACCCUGCCUCACCUCCAUGUUCAGACUCACUCUCUCCAUCCCCCGAGGAUUCAAGACUGGGGCCAUUGACACAACUAUUUUACAGAGACCUGCUUAUCGUCUUCCACCCACUGAUGAUUGGCUUAGCUCUGUGGAGUCCUAUCAAAACGAUCUCAAAGCCCAAACACUUUACACGUGACCUUUUUGGAUGCACCGAUACAGAAUGAGUAGUACCACAUCGGCAUCGGCCAAGGAUAUAGGGGUUCAAGAAAUGGUCCGUCGGUGUUGUGUAGAGGGUCAGGUCAACAUCCUCUGGGUUGCUUCUUGAAAACUCAUCUUCUCCACAUAUCUCUAUGCUCCUCUAACGAAAAGUGGCGACAGCCAUGUAAACGUUUCGACUCCCUACACGUCCUAGGAAAGUAUUUAAGAUAGUAGGGUUUAUGGACUUAUGUCAUUCUUGACAAUCCAUUCCAUUCCAUGACCAUCUCCAUCCUGUCCCAGAUGUGAACCCUGACAGUGACUAUGCUAAAAUGGUUACAUGUUUUACAAUAUUUUAAUUGUUUAUAUAUAUACAGUGGGGCAAAAAAGUAUUUAGUCAGCCACCAAUUGUGCAAGUUCUCCCACUUGAAAAGAUGAGAGAGGCCUGUAAUUUUCAUCAUAGGUACACUUCAACUAUGACAGACAAAAUGAGAAAAAGAAAUCCAGAAAAUUACACUGUAGGAUUUUUAAGGAAUUUAUUUGCAAAUGAUGGUGGAAAAUAAGUAUUUGGUCACCUACAAACAAGCAAGAUUUCUGGCUCUCACAGACCUGUCACUUCUUCUUUCAGAGGCUCCUCUGUCCUCCACUCGUUACCUGUAUUAACGGCACCUGUUUGAACUUGUUAUCAGUAUAAAAGACACCUGUCCACAACCUCAAACAGUCACACUCCAAACUCCACUAUGGCCAAGACCAAAGAGCUGUCAAAGGACACCAGAAACAAAAUUGUAGACCUGCACCAGGCUGGGAAGACUGAAUCUGCAAUAGGUAAGCAGCUUGGUUUGAAGAAAUCAACUGUGGGAGCAAUUAUUAGGAAAUGGAAGACAUACAAGACCACUGAUAAUCUCCCUCGAUCUGGGGCUCCACGCAAGAUCUCACCCCGUGGGGUCAAAAUGAUCACAAGAACGGUGAGCAAAAAUCCCAGAACCGCACGGGGGGACCUAGUGAAUGACCUGCAGAGAGCUGGGACCAAAGUAACAAAGCCUACCAUCAGUAACACACUACACCGCCAGGGACUCAAACCCUGCAGUGCCAGACUGGAUUUGACCAGGAUGACUGAUCCGUGUAAAGGAAAGAAUGGGGUCAUGUAUCGUGAGAUUUUGAGUGAAAACCUCCUUCCAUCAGCAAGGGCAUUGAAGAUGAAACGUGGCUGGGUCUUUCAGCAUGACAAUGAUCCCAAACACACCGCCCGGGCAACGAAGGAGUGGCUUCGUAAGAAGCAUUUCAAGGUCCUGGAGUGGCCUAGCCAGUCUCCAGAUCUCAACCCCAUAGAAAAUCUUUGGAGGGAGUUGAAAGUCCGUGUUGCCAAGCAACAGCCCCAAAACAUCACUGCUCUAGAGGAGAUCUGCAUGGAGGAAUGGGCCAAAAUACCAGCAACAAUGUGUGAAAACCUUGUGAAGACUUACAGAAAACGUUUGACCUCUGUCAACAAAGGGUAUAUAACAAAGUAUUGAGAUAAACUUUUGUUAUUGACCAAAUACUUAUUUUCCAACAUAAUUUGCAAAUAAAUAAAUUUAAAAUCCUACAAUGUGAUUUUCUGGAUUUUUCUUCCUAAUUUUGUCUGUCAUAGUUGAAGUGUACCUAUGAUGAAAAUUACAGGCCUCUCUCAUCUUUUGAAGUAGGAGAACUUGCACAAUUGGUGGCUGACUAAAUACUUUUUUGCCCCACUGUAUAUAUGUAUAUGUGUGUGUGAUUGAAGAAUGGUAAAAGUCAGGAUAUUCUUCAGCAUUUGUGAAAUGAUUGUGGUUUGGGGAGGAUGACAGAAGCUGUAAAGCUUGUUAAGAUGACGGAAAAGCGAUUUUGUUAGUGGAUUUCCUCUGGCUGGGAAAACGUGAGUUUCACAUUGCAGACAUUCCAAUUGAGUUGAUAACCAAUGACAAAGGCUUUCAGUUUGAGGAAUCCCCACUCUCCAUUUACUGUACACUCAG